AUGGCCCAGCCUACGCUCUUCAGCUACUUCAGCAAGCAGCCUCCCACCAUUACGAUACCACACCAGUCAUUAGCAACAAUACCGAUGAAUUCAAGUAGCAUAGUAAUACCAGCCAGCACCCACGACGCACAUUGGCCACCUACAAAAACAGCCUCAAAACCAACUUCUUCUCUUCUCGCCAAGCCCAGCCCUCACCAGUCAUCAUCCUCUCAUCCACCACACAAUGCAGAAGCAGAACCACAGCCGACACCUCAACCAACCCACCAUCCCAGCAUAUUCUCGCCACCACAAUCGCGAGCCACGCCGCAACCCUUCACCAUAACCCGCAUCGACCCAUCCCACAUCCCCGCCCUCAAACAACUCACCGCUUCAAUCCUACCUAUCGCCUACUCCCCCAAAUUCUACACCGAGGCCAUCUCCGACCCAGACGUCGUCGACUUCACCCACGUCGUGCUCGCCCACGACCGGAAGCCAGUGGGGUGGAUCACCUGUCGGGUCAUCCGGUCCCAGCCAGAGUCAGAACCACCCUUAAAUGCUAGCGCCACAGCAGAGGCAGCCAGCCCAGCGGCCCAUCUCGGUACGCAUCAACUCCCAGCGUGUCUCGAAGGCAAAUCCGGCAGCCACCUGUACAUCCGCGCCCUGUGCAUCCUGGCACCCUAUCGAGAGCAGGGCUUCGCCAGCCGACUUCUCGCAGCCGUCCUGUCCGACCCGGCACACCUCCUCAAAUACAGUAUCACGGCGAUCUACGCGCACGUCUGGGAAUCCAACACUUCCGCACUGGAAUGGUACGAGAAACGCGAUUUCAGGAAGGUGAAGUUGGAGAGGGCAUACUAUCGGAGGUUGAAACCAUCAGGCGCUUGGAUCGUAAGCCGAGACUUGCGGGUGGGCGACCUUUUGCCUGCGGCGAGUGCAGGAGGAGGUCUUGAUUAG